UAUCUGUUCAAAAAAAUUCUUGAUUGUGGAAAAUCUUGAUGCUGUCUGUUCAAAGAAAAUUCUUGAUUGUGGAAAAUAUCAGCAAAAAAGAAAAGUCGUUAAAAGAUGCUAGCAACUGGUUGAUUUCAAUUUUCACCCAAGACACACAUUACACAAUACCGACAUCUUUAAGAAAUAGAUGACUGAGAAAUCCACAAUACACACUACAAAACCAAUUCUUGUUUUUCACAUUUGUUAAACAUGGCAUUCCUAUCCACUACAAUCACCAUUCUUUGUAUAUUCUGCAUCACUAGACUGCCUAGAUUUGCAUCUGAGAUACCAAAUAGAAACAGUUUGCAAACCUACAUUGUUCAUGUUGAGGCACCUGAUGCACACCUCACGUCUCAAUCCGAAGAUUUGGAGAGCUGGUACCACUCUUUUCUCCCGGCUACCACUGCAAGCUCGAGUGAAGAUGAGGCGCGCCUCAUUUACUCCUACCAUCAUGUGUUUAAGGGAUUUGCUGCUAGGCUGUCACCCGAUGAGGCUAAGGAUAUGGAGAAGAAGAAAGGAAUCGUCUCAGCACGACCUCAGAAAUUGCUAUCCCUGCAUACAACACAUUCUCCCAAUUUCUUGGGGUUGAACCAGAACAUGGGCUUCUGGAAGGACUCCAACUAUGGUAAAGGUGUGAUUAUAGGAGUGCUGGACACCGGAGUGUUGCCUGAGCAUCCUUCGUUCAGCGAUGAAGGAAUGCCGCCUCCACCGGCUAAGUGGAAGGGGAAGUGCCAAUUCAAUCACACGACAUGCAACAACAAAAUCAUUGGAGCAAGGUACUUCAAUGCCGAUGACCAGAGCCCCCUUGAUGAUAAUGGCCAUGGCACUCACGUUGCGAGCACGGCUGCUGGGAGCUUUGUACAAGGCGCGAAUGUAUUUGGCAGCGCCAAUGGCACCGCUGCUGGGAUUGCGCCACUUGCUCAUCUGGCCAUCUACAAAGUAUGUUGCGGUGAAAGUGAUGCCCUUGCUGGAAUGGAUGCAGCUGUUGAAGAUGGAGUGGACGUGCUCUCCCUUUCUCUACGCUCCGACCCGAAGAGCUUCUUUGAAGAUUCAAUAGCAAUAGGCGCAUUUAGUGCGAUGAAGAAGGGUAUCUUCAUUAGCUGCGCGGCUGGAAAUGACGGCCCAGAUUUCAUCUCUUUGGCAAACGGGGCACCUUGGAUUCUCACGGUUGGAGCAAGCACUAUAGACAGAACACUGAGAGCAAAAGCAGUGUUGGGAAACAACCAACAAUUCGAUGGCCAAUCAGCUUUUCAACCAAACAACUUUCCACAAAGGCUGUCCCCUCUUGUUUAUGCAGGGAUGCUCAACACUUCUGAUGAUUUUGCACCUUUAUGCCCAGCCGACUUACUAAGCCGAAGCGACAUCCGAGGGAAGAUAGUAGUGUGUGAACUAGGUGAAAUACCAAGAAUCAGACAGGGCACAGCAGUGAAAGAUGCUGGUGGCGCCGCCAUGAUUCUCAUAAACUUUAGGAUUUAUGCGAACACCACUUUAGCUGACGCCGACGUCCUCCCAACUACAAACGUCGGCUAUGAAGACGGAUUGAAGAUCAAAGCUUAUAUAAAUUCAACAAGAAAUCCCACCGCCACAAUUUCUUUCCAAGGCACCGUGAUCGGUGAUGAUCGCGCACCAGCCGUCGCUGCAUUUUCUUCCAGGGGGCCUAACUUUCCGAGUCUUGGAGUCUUGAAGCCUGACAUUUUAGGCCCUGGAGUCAACAUUCUUGCAGCAUGGCCUACCUCUGUGGAAAACAACACCAACACAAAAUCAACCUUCAACGUAGUUUCUGGUACCUCAAUGUCGUGCCCGCACCUGAGCGGCGUGGCGGCUCUGCUGAAGAGCGCGCAUCCGGAUUGGUCUCCUGCUGCAAUCAAGUCCGCCAUGAUGACCACUGCAGACGUCGUCAACCUCGCUCAUAGUCCCAUUGAGGACGAGAAUUUCCUCCCAGCCGACGUUUUUGCGACGGGGGCAGGGCAUGUGAAUCCAUCAAGAGCUAACGAUCCAGGACUCAUCUACGACAUCCAACCCGAAGACUACAUUCCGUACCUGUGCGGUUUGAACUACACAAACCGUCAAGUUGGGACGAUUCUACAACGCGGGGUGAAUUGCUCGGUGGAAUCGAGCAUAGAGGAAGCUCAGCUAAACUAUCCUUCGUUUUCUAUCAUUUUCAGUGGCAAAUCAACUUCCCAGGUUUACACCAGGAGCGUCACCAACGUUGGCGACCCUGCCUCGCGUUAUGACGUGGAAAUCUCCCCACCACGCGGCGUUGAUGUCCGUGUGGAGCCCACCACACUCAAGUUCUCAGAGAUAAACCAGAAACUGCAGUACGAGGUUACAUUCAAGCUACUCGCAUCUGCUCCGAAUACCACGUUCGUUCAAGGAUUCUUGAAAUGGACUUCUCCCAAUCGAUAUGUUAGGAGCCCUAUUGCAGUUAUACUGGCUUGAUUAUCCAUGGAGUGAACCAUGUAUGAAUCCAGCUGGGGUUCUAAUAAUUUAUGUUUUGUUGCAUCUACAUAAUAUGGGAUGCCGACAUUUCUGAAGAAUGAUGUAAGCUCUUUUCAAGAUGAAUCGAAUCCUUGUGAAGAAA